CUCACCAAUAAGUACAUCCUGCAUGAAGCGAAUGAGUUCAUGUCAGAGAUCGGCUCGAAUUAUGACCAGUGAAGGGAAGUGUGUCAUGGCGGGAUAAAAGGGUGCGAGAUCUGGGGCAACAUCACGGAGCCAUUCGAGCGGCAAUAGGGAAGCGUGAUCGGGUAGCGAAUUGGCCCAAACGAGAACCACUUGACUGGCGGGGGCGGGAGGAAACAAAGCGGAGGCAAAGGGCAGAGGAGUGUUUGGGCAUCGACUCACCUGAUCUGGAUCGUCUCUUGGGAGCCUUUGGCGGGGCGAGUUUGGUAUAUAGCAACAUGAUGCUCACGAGCUGGAAUCUGCGGCGCGCACAGGCAUGGCGGUUCUCGAGAUUGUCGGAGUUGUGUUUCUCUCAAAAGAUGUGGUAUAUGGACGAAGUUGCCCUACACCUACAUCACGCACGGAGAGAAGGGAGAAGGCCUACCGUAAGAGUGUGUGGACCGAGGCUACUUGGCCUAGAAGACGAACGAAGACAGGCUUUCACGAUGUCGGGGAGGGUUCCGCAGUAAUAGGUGACGGUCGGGGGCAGCGGGCGCAAGGUGGUGCUGGUUUUGCUGGUGGUGCCUUGUGGGAUGGAGGGGUGAAUAAGGAAGGUAGAGUGAGAAGCUCGUGGGGACUGGAGUACGGCGACCAAGUCCGUGUAGUGGGUGUCUUCCCUCGUCUAGUGCCGAGGGUAAACGGGGUUGAACGAGGAAAGCUUUUCUCUCUUUCUGGGUUCUUGUUCUCGCCCUUUUUCGACGGGGCCGCGAGCUUGGGAAGACCAGGGGCCGGGGGCCGAUGCGCUGAGGUGAGGACCGGAUUCGUAUUGUUGGUCCGUUCUCUUAGGGUGUGGGGAAUGGGGAAUGGAGGUGGUGCCUCUCUGGAGACUGGAGCAGACCGGCGAGAUAUGGGGAAUUCGGAGAGGGCGGAGAAGGAGAAGGAGAAGAAGAAGAGUCGAAAGGGCACUCGUGCGAGUCAAGCAAGAUGUCGGGCAAGAGCUAGUUCAAAUAGCAUGGAAAGAAAGGAGGCAGAGUCCGAGACGGCGAGAAACUUCAAGAGGCAAAUGGGCAAAGGGGCUCGUUCAGCCAGGCGUUUUUGGCGAUUUUUCUCCAACAAAGCCCACCCCAAAAGCACCCAGAAUGGGCCCAAGGUCAAGGUCGAAUCCCAAGUCGCGUUGGCGUACCGGGCGAGUACCCAGCGGUGCCAGCCAGGCCCGCCGCCCAAGAGCCGGUGACGGCGGCGUCCUUCCCAAUGCUGACAAGGCCGCUGCCAUCACGCACAUCGUGACCAAGAGAUCCUGGGAGGCU